CCGUUGCUUUUUGUAAACAACAAAAGUGAAAAUUCUCCGCGUACUGCUGCAGUCAGCUCGGGGUGUUGCGCGAAAUUUGAACACCUCUUUCGAUUUGCUUUAGUUGUAAUUAACCAUGUAUUAGGAACAACUAUUGCUCGGUGUCCCCAAUAACCAAAUUAAAAUGCUCACGUCCAAAAUCAGUAAAAUCAGUAAGGUGAUAAUCUGUGGAGCCAAAGGUGUCGGUAAGACGGCGAUUCUGGAACAGCUAAUCUAUGGAAACGUUACCAUCGAAUCGGAAAUUCACAGCACUAUCGAGGACACCUACGUGGCCAGCGUGGACACCGGCAAAGGCAGCCGGGACACCUUGAGAAUCUUCGACACCUCGGGACUGCAAGGCAAUGGCCAACUUCCGCGCCACUAUCUCAGCUAUCCGGAUGCCUUCAUCCUGGUGUACGAUCCGAGCGAUCCCUCCAGCUUGGACAUGCUCGGGGGCAUCAAGAGCGACAUCGAUAAGUUUAAGGACAAAAAGGAGGUAUUUGUGAUUGUGAUAGCCAACAUGCGAUCUCGCCAGACCCGGUCCAAUGGUUCCUCCCCGGUAAACUCCUCCCACCUGCAGCAGCAAAUGUUGCUGAGCAACGAUGUGAUAGAGUCCAAUCUGACCAGGGCCAACAAUUGGUGUGCCCGGGAGCGCAUCAAACACUACACGGUCAACGCAAUGGAACGCGCCUCGCUGUAUGAGCCCUUCGUUCAGCUGGCAAGUCGUCUCUACCCGCCGCAAACCAAGGGUAGCUUCCCGCAGCUCCGUCAACUGACGCAGAAAACUUCGAAGGUGGACAACAGCUAGGCGGAGUGUGCGGUGUGGUGAAGACCACAACACGAGUAUUUAUCGACGUAAAGUGUACCAAAUAUUCUGAUAUCAUUUAUUUUUUGUGUAGCGAUUGUGUACUUAAGAGUAUUAAGCUUUACUACCGACUGCGAUCAGUACUUACUUACCUGUAGGCUCAAGAGUAUUUUUUUUCUCGUUCCGAUAGAAAGCUGAGGAACAUUUUGUGAUCGAAGUGAUUGCAACUACCAAUUUUUUUUUAACUUUCUUUAAUUUUAUUUUGUUCUUCCAAUCAGGGAAACCCGACUGCACCUCAUAGAUUAAGACUCAAAAAGCUAGACUAUUAGAGCCAACAGUUCCGUUAAGCACCCUCCCGAACUAUUUAAAGGCACAUUUAAAUUAUCGACCUCAUGCAUUUAGAGAGGUAGUAGCUAUAGUUUUACUUUAAAGUUGCAUGUAAUGAAACAGGCAAAAUUAUUGGCAUUUUCUGUGACGUAUUGUAAUCGAUAAUGAUGCAGUUACUUAUCAUUUAUUCAGUAAGAUAUUUACAUUAGAGACAA